AUGAAUUUUGAAAAAGAAAAGGAUAAUAAUAAAAAAAAAAAAAAUUCAAAUAAAAGUGAAAGACUUGAGGAAAAAUGUGUCAAUGAAGAGAAAAACAACAUAAAUGAUGCAACCAGUGAUAUAUCAUUAUUACUUUCAUUAAAUAAUUAUAAUGAAUAUAAUGUAAAAAAAAAAAAAAAAAAAAUUGAAGAAUUUAAUAUUAAAAAGGAAAGAAAAAAGAAGGAUAAUGUUUCCUCAUCAGAAUGUAUAUUAUCUGAUGAAUUAAAACAAGAAAAUACAAAAAAAAUUGAUAGUCAAAUAAGUAAUACUUCAAAUGAAAAAUUGAAUAUAAAAAAAGAAAAAGGAGAAUUUGAUGAUAUGGAAUUAUGUGUAAAUAAUAAAAAAAAAGAAAAAAAAAAAAAAAAAGAAAAAAAUAAUAUUUUAAAGGCAAUUAUUGCUUUUUUUUUUAUUAAAUUGUUAACAAUAUGUAAUAAGGGAAAUGCAUGCAUAUAA